GCUUGGGACUUCCUUCUGCUCUCCCAUAAAAAUGUGAGGGAGCGAGCAACCACAGCACAAAGCCGGACGACCCAGACGGACUCGGUGAGCAAGGUGCCCUACGCUGACUGCUGUUACUGCAUAGAAGACACCCUGACAAUGGACGACGAGAUGGAGAAUUUUGAACUGGAGUCCAAAGAUAGCGACUAUGAUGACGAGAUGGAGAAUUUUGAACUGGAGUCCAAAGAUAGCGACUAUGAUGACGAGAUGGAGAAUUUUGAACUGGAGUCCAAAGAUAGCGACUAUGAUGACGAUCCUUGGAGAGACCUAGUACCAGGACAUAGAGAGGAAUCGAAGCCUCACAAUGAAGCAUUUCUUGAGAGUCUUUAUGCCGGGAGGAGUUUUGUGAAGGAUGAGACGAGGAUAGUUUUAAUUGGGAAGACUGGAUCUGGAAAGAGUGCCACAGGAAACACACUGGCUGGAACUCAGGCGUUCGUGUCGAAACUCUGCGGUGCAUCUAUAACCAAAGAGUGUCAACAGGAGAUGGUGAGAAGGUUCGAUCGACAUAUUCAGAUUGUGGACACUCCUGGAUUGUUUGACACAGGAAUGACAAACGAAAUGUCGUCUAGAGAAAUCAUGAAGUGUGUGGCGAUGACCUCUCCUGGACUUCACUCUAUUGUCCUGGUUACCAGACUGAACCGUUUUACAGAGGAAGAACAACAGACUGUCCAGUAUUUCAUGAAGGUCUUUGGGAAAGACGUUUUGAACUACCUCGUUGUUGUUUUCACGGGAAAAGAUGACCUGGACCAGCAUGGGAUGACCAUUGAGACCUUUAUCCAGGAUAGCCCUGGUCCUCUGAGGAAACUGAUUGCUGACUGUAAAGGUCGUUACUAUGCUCUCAACAACUUCAUGUCUGACAUUGAGAAAGAAGAAUGGGUGAAGCAUUUCCUCCAGGGGAUUGAUAGGCUGGUGUCGUCCAAUGGUGGACGAUGUUACACAACUGAAAUGUAUCGUAAAGCCGAAUCACUGAUGAAAGAACGAGAACAGGAACUGAAGAAGAAACUGGAGGAACAGCAGCAGGCAGAGCGGGAGAUGAUAGAACAGAGCAUCAUGGUCAAGUAUGAUGAGAUGACGCAAAGUCAGGAUGAGAAGAUGACUGAACUUAAGACACAGCUACAGGCGAUGGAACGGAAAGGCUUAGAUGACAAGACAAGGUACCAGGGAGCUGUGAAUGAGCUGCAGAAUAAACUUGCGAAGGCUGAUCGGGAGAGGAAGCAGAUAGAAGUUGACAGGAUAAAGUAUGAGGAUGAGAGGAGGAAAGAAAUGGAGAAAGGAGAGAAAGACAGGGAUGAGGCGAUGUUAAAAAUGAUGUAUAGAAUGGAAGAAGACAGACGAAGAAGGGAGGAGGAAUUGAAUGAGACCAUGGAGAGAAUUGAAGUCGAAAGAAGGGAGAGGGAUGCUGAAAUUAUGAGAUUGGAGAAGGAGAAUAGAAAACGUGAAGGGGAACAUAGAGAGGAGGUGAUGCAGCUUCAGAAGAAAAAACAGUCUGAGCUUGAAAAGAUGCAGGAUGAUAUGAGGGCUGAGAGGGAAUCAAAAGCCCGUAGGCUGGAGGAGGUAGCCAGAGGCAUGGCAAGGGAUGAGGCAAAGGAUGAUGGGUCGGGCAUAUUUGCAAAACUCAAGGGCGGCAUAAAGAAAGUUGCUAGCUCUUUGGGGUUCCUGUAAAGGUGUCUUAUGAAUUUGCUUAAGAACGAGAAUGAAUGGUAAACUUGCAUAUUGUUGAAUGAUGUUGUAAGUAGGAUAAAGACAGCAUUUGCAGGUAAACACGCCUUUAGAAUAUCAAGUAUAAUGAGUGUUUAUGUUAAAAAUCAGAACUGCUCCAUUAUAUAUAGAGAUUUUACUGAUUUUACGAAACAAGUAUCUGAAUUCUUGUAUUUUAUGAGCGACAGUGGGGUUAACACAUGAAUUCUUUCACGAGUUUCCUACAAUCAGUAUGACGCACUUGCAAGUGUGAUAAUUUAUUUAAUACCCAUUAUUUCUUAAUCGUUUUGAGCUUCCUUUGCACUGAUCACAACCGCCGCCUUAAAAAAACACGAUUGUCGAAUGAUGUCAGCCAUCUGCAGCUAUGAUGUUGUUUCUAGUGAGACGUCCUUCCGACAUGACGUCAGAAUAGCAUUCGAAUGACGGCAAAGAUGGCGUAGGGAUGACUCAAACAAUACAAUGGUGCGCGUGAAGAGAUAUUUGGACUAUAUUGCACAUACAAUUUUUAUUAACUCGGUUAUUUCUAACACAAUGGGUAAUAAUAACACUUAUGAUAAUCUAAAUAUUCGUCUAAUCACUAUUUUGGUAGUUUGUGAUACUGCAGUGUAUUUUAGUUACUUAUGUUCUUGGUUUUGUAACAAUCACUAGUACUAAAUAAAUCUUGUUUAACAGUCUAAAAUCUCUCUCUUCAAUCUAUAUGUCUGUGAUAUGUUUAAUAUUCUAGAACCGUCUAUGUUGUCCUAUGGGUUCGAGCCUCGGCCGCGUCAUACCAAAAUACGUUAACA